UCAGAUAAAGUGUGUUUUCCUCUGUCUCCUGAUGAAAUAAGGAUGUAUGCAAAGACACAAUUUACUUCACUGGCAGCUACGUCGAUCUUGGCGCUCGUAGUUAGCGUCUUAGCAACAAUAAACGUUUUAGCCAGCCACUCGGGCAACCUACCAGUGAGUUAUGCGCGGAGUCAGAGAAAAACCACAGAUCUCCACAACGAUGGCAAAAACUGGAAUGAGUUCAGGAAAACCAAAAGUAUCGGCACCAAGUAUGUAAGCAUGACACUAAAUCCACUGUGUUAUUUGACUGGUACCUUUCCAUGCCUUUGUGCUGUAUCGUUAGGUGAUGAUGUCAUUAUAGACUGUUCGCACAGAAAUCUAACAUUUGUACCUAAAAACAUCCCCCAGAAUGUCACCGAGUUACUUCUCAGCUAUAAUAAGAUUGAAACUCUUCCAAAUGGUGUUUUUAUGAGCUACCACUAUCUACAAUCACUGGACAUCUCAUACAACAACCUAUCCUAUUUGGGGUCAGGAGCGUUUGACGGAUUACAUCAACUGAGAACACUGCGUCUGGACGGAAAUCCCUUCAAGAUGUCCAACAAAACGUUUCCUGACGACGUAUUCGACUCUCUUAAGGGUCUUGUUUUGUUAAGUUUAAAGUCUAACUUAUACGUUGAUGACCCCGAGAUUCAAUACCCGGAUGUUGCCUUGGGUAAACUCUCUUCACUGGAGACGCUUCUAAUCAAUGGAUUGUCGAACAAGACAUUUGGAGAAGGCGUUCGCAAUAUGACAUCACUUCAAACAUUAGACCUUUCUUGGACAUCUUCAUUUAGGUCCAUAUCUAAAGAUACAUUUGUCAACUUCUGUGAUGUUCCUUUGAAGAAUUUAUUGCUAAGCCACUGUGAUCUGAGGUGGGUCCACAAAGAGGCUUUCACAUAUUUGCCAAACAUCGACACUAUUGACUACAGCUACAAUAAGAAGCUGGAGAUUAAAGGAGUGGGAAUCAGCUUCUAUGGUCUCCAGAACUCUACAAUUCGGAAAAUCGUGAUGCAAUGGGUUCAUGCAAAAUCAUAUAUGACUGUUGUUAAGAAGGAGGACGUACAGUACAUCAAGAACACGAACCUUGAGGAAUUGCACGCAGAAAACAACACCAUUGGCCAACUGGAGGAAGAUGUACUUCUGCUUUUGCCGUUAUCAAUCAAAGUGCUCCGCGUGUCAUGGAACAAUAUACAGACAAACAUAAGGCAAUUGUUUCACCUUUCACGGUUGAAAAGUUUCACUGAAUUCGAUGCGAGUUACCAGACAGUAUUUUCUAGUGGAGCGUUCGGUAGAACGCCCAAGGCAGAUCGUAAAAUUGAAUUUAACGAAACAUCGCCAGAAUUGCGUAAAAUUCGCCUCAACACUUCGAGAACCAAAAACACAACAGGAAAUCACGUGGAUUUUGGCAUAAUUGUUCCUCCAAAUUUAUGGCUGGUGAACGUCAGUGAUAUGUACAAACUGCGUAUGACCAUCCCGUAUUUUAAACUCAUCAAUUCAAGCCUCAGCCAUUUGAAUGUCGCUGACAACCUUUUGGACAAAUGGAUAGGUCCCGUCGAAGGUUCAGAGACACUUCUUCAUCUUGAUCUAACGGGCAAUAAUUGCUACGAAGUUUCAGAGACGUUUUUCGCCUAUGCGACAAAUCUGGAAACAUUGCUCAUCGGAAACAACAGACUCGGAAAAGACUUUAGCGAGAACACGUUUCAUAAUCUCACUAAACUAAAUCGCCUGGACAUAAACCACAAUCAACUUGAAACGGUUGGGCGCAACUUGUUCUCAAGACUAACAAACCUCACUUAUCUGAACUUGUCCGGAAAUUACCUUUCGAACUGGAAAGCGAACAUUUCCGGUCUAGUCAAACUUAGGAAUCUAGAUUUAUCCAACAACAAACUAAAAGCUCUCCCUCUGUCAUUAUGUAGAGAUCUUGAUACUAUCCACCAAUUCUCCCCCAUCCAAAUUGACAUCCAUGGGAACAAACUUCAGUGCACCUGUAAAACGGAGUAUUUCAUAGAGUGGUUAACACAAACCAAAAUUGACAUCCGCAAUUUAAAUUCCACUUCCUGUACUCUGGAAAAUGGCACAGUGUUAUCUUUGUCAGGCAGCACAUCCAUUCUGAAUCAUCUUCAGCGGCACUGUCGAUCUUACACUGUUCUAACUGGUGGAUUAUGCGCAGGUGUGGCUUUGUUCCUGAUAAUGGCGCUACUUGGAAUCGUCCGCCGACAUCGCUGGAAACUACGUUAUCUGUUCUACAUGGCGACUAACUGGCGAAAGAGAACGGGUUACCAGAGACUGGACACCGCCGAAGAGAAUCCCUUUAGUUACGACAUUUUUGUGUCUUAUGAAGACUCGGAUCGAACCUUCAUCCGUGAACAGGUUAUUCCCCGUCUGGAAAGGGACGCUGGCUUAAAACUCUGUGUAGACAAGAGAGAUUUCAUACCUGGACUCUAUGUUACUGAUAACAUUCUACACGCCAUACAGAACAGCAGGAAAACCGUGGUCUUCCUCUCUCGAAAAUUCCUGAAGAGCAAAUGGUGUGUGUACGAGAUGAACAUGGCUCGGAUGGAGGCGAUUCAUAGCGGCAGAGACGUACUGGUGAUGGUUCUGACAGAGAAAAUACCGACCAGUCAACUUUCCGCUGAUAUUGUAGACGUCAUUCACAACCAGACGUACAUGGAGAUGACGAACAACAGGUACGGCGAGGCGCUCUUCUGGGAGAGACUUGCCUCGGCCAUUAAGGCUAACUAACCCAUCCGGGUGAUGGAAAUCCGGGACCAAAGUUUAGCCUCUGCUGAAUUCAACAUUUUGAGGUCUCUAAAAAUGGGAGCCUUAGGGAAUA